AUGGCAUCCGAGUCACCAGCCAAGUUUGUGGACGGUCAUUUACUCCUGCAAUAUCUUACACCGGAGCCUCUCACACUGAUCAUCUAUGUGGUCAGCGUUAUCCUUGGCCAAUACUGGCAGAACCCUCUGGCCUACACCGUCAUAUCGCCAUUUGUGUUCCUCUCAAUCGGGUUCCUCUUAAAACCGCUCGCAUUCUGCAUUAUAGAGGCACUGUGUCGCUUGGCUGACCUCAGCAAUGCGCCCAUCAUCGAAUGCAUGCCUCCUGUCGUAUUGCGGACGCAAAUCACCGCGAAGUCACUCAUUACUUUCCUCAUUCUUCCGACUGCUGCCCUCGCACAAAUCGCCCUCCAGCCACUCGUCGCGGUGCCAUGGACUCCGCUCCUUCGUGAAACUAUGUUGUCAAUCACCUUUUUCGCGCGGCAUAUGUUCACAUAUCAAAUACUCGGCCAUCCUGGCUUGAUGUUGUUCUUGCUGGCGCCAGCCAUCUUCUUGCGGCAUCGCGCCAGAGUUGCGUCGGUGCUGAGCUAUGCAUCAAUGGGUUGUGUCAUAUUAUUGACCUAUGCAUUGGCCCUCAACGUCUUGGGAAGGGAACACCUGCAAAUAUGGUCGGAUUCCGGGUCCUAUGUCUGGCUCCGUGACCACCUUCGUUGGCAGGCUGCGAACAUUACUUCCCCAAUGAGCGUUUGGCUCGGAGGGCUCAUUUUUUUCCUGGAAACGUUUUCGCUGCUUACUACCGAUAUAUUCGACACCCUUCUGCGCCGGGCGUUGGUCAUCGAUCCGACUCUGUGGCGCGUAAACGACAACUACGAGCCUCCCACUUGGCACUGCUCUGAUUUCAUUGCCUCCUUCGUGCGUUCCACCGCCGUCCCAGCAACGUUACUGCUUGCAGGACUCUUCUUACAAGAGGGCCGUGAACACUGCGCAACCCGGACAUGGGGCAUAUAUCUGGUCUCUGUCAUAGCACUGAGCGUUAUCAUGUUAACCUCAUCUUUUUUGAUGCUGCUUGCUGUGGAGCACUUUGGGCGACCCUCGUUGAUGAAUCCGCACAUCUCCGCCUUCGAAUUGGCGGCCCUUCACGCUGGGGUCUUUGUGUUGACAAGCGAGAACGGCAGCUCGUUCCUGCAGGCGUUCAACGAGGUUAACCAAGAAAUGAUGGAGGCGGACCCUUGGGAAGAAGACUCCGAGUCAGAGUGCUUAGAAGAGUCGGAGAUGAAGGACUCUGAGUUGGCUGUGUCGUUGAUGGUAUAA